AUGAAGGAGACCGACACGAUUGAUGAGUUUGCUGGCAAACUCAGUGCUAUGAGCAGCAAGUUCUCCGCUCUUGGUGCCACGCUUGAAGACUCAUCUUUCGUAAAGAAGUUACUUGAUUCUGUCCCUGAUAAGUUCUUCCCUAUUGUUGCCAGAAUUGAGCAGUUUCAGGAUCUUGAGACGAUACCAUUUGAGGAGACUAUUGGGCGACUGAAAGCGUACGAAGAACGAACACUACGUCUACGCGGCAACACCAGCAGCACUGAAGGUGAGCUCCUACUUACUCAUGCCGAAUGGCAAAUGCGACAGAAGGGGGGCAACGUGGACACUUCGUCAGGAGGCAAGGGGCGUGGGUCCAGCAGCCUUAGUCAUAGCAAAUGGCGUGGGCGUGGGCAAGGGCGAGGUCGUGGUCGUGGUACACCGAGCCAAGACAGUGUAGGAGGCACUAGUAGCAACGACAGAGGCACUCAUGACAAGAGCCCUAUAAAGUGUUUCAAUUGUGAGAAAAUGGGGCAUUAUGCGCCCGAAUGCUACAACAAGCGUUGUGAUUAUGAGGCUCAUCUCACUUACGCCACCUAUGAAGAGCCAACACUGAUGAUGACCGUGUCCCACGAGGAGUCUCACACUAGGUGUGAGUGGCAGGAUAUCAUUCUACUCAGUGAAGAUAGGUUCCUAUCGGAGAUGUAUCGCAGCGUUGAGAAAGGAGAAGAUAAAGACGUCUGGUACCUUGACAACGGUGCCAGCAACCACAUGACUGGCCAUCAAGCUGGGAAUGAAGUGCAUAUGAAAGGAGAUACCGUGAAGGUGAUUGAUAGGAGCGGGAAGCUCUUGAUGCUGACAGAUGGACUGCCCGUGGUGCCAAAGGUGGACAAAUUGUGGUUGAGUUCGUUAGUACCGGAGAACAAAGAUGGACUGCCUGUGGUGCCAUGCGACAACUACUCGGCUCCGUGA